ACAGGGCGGAGUUCAGAUUGGAAAUGCGUGCUGGGAGCUUUUCUGUUUGGAGCACGGCAUCCAACCUGAUGGCCAGAUGCCUUCCGACAAGACCAUCGGUGGUGGAGAUGACGCAUUCAAUACGUUCUUCUCCGAAACUGGCGCAGGCAAGCACGUACCCCGGUGUGUGAUGGUCGACUUGGAACCGACAGUUGUUGAUGAGGUGCGCACGGGCACCUACCGUCAGCUCUUCCAUCCAGAACAGUUGAUUUCCGGAAAAGAAGACGCGGCCAACAACUUUGCACGAGGUCACUAUACCAUUGGCAAAGAGAUUGUGGAUUUGGUCCUGGACAGGAUUCGGAAAUUGGCGGACAACUGCGCAGGACUGCAAGGGUUCUGCGUCUACAAUGCUUGUGGAGGUGGCACUGGUUCUGGCCUGGGUUGCCUGAUGUUGGAGCGUUUGUCAGUGGAUUACGGCAAAAAGAGCAAGAUCUCCUUCACUGUGUGGUGCUGCCCACAGGUUGCCACAGCAGUUGUCGAACCCUACAACACCGUUCUCUGCGUGCAUUCAUUGUUGGAGCACACGGACGUAACGAUCAUGUACGACAAUGAAGCUCUCUACGAUAUUUGUCGCAGGAACUUGGACAUUGAACGCCCAACUUACACUAAUUUGAACAGGCUGAUUGCCCAGAUUAUCUCGAGCUUGACAGCCUCCCUUCGUUUUGAUGGGGCAUUGAAUGUGGACAUCACCGAGUUCCAAACCAAUUUGGUUCCAUAUCCGCGCAUCCACUUCAUGUUGACCUCCUAUGCUCCAGUCAUCUCCGCGGAGAAGGCAUACCAUGAGCAGCUUUCUGUGGCAGAGAUCACCAUGUCCGUGUUCGAACCAGCCUCGAUGAUGGUGAAGUGUGACCCCCGCCACGGCAAGUACAUGGCUUGCUGCAUGAUGUACCGUGGAGAUGUGGUGCCAAAGGAUGUGAAUGCGGCAGUUGCCACCAUCAAGACCAAGCGAACCAUCCAGUUCGUGGAUUGGUGCCCCACUGGCUUCAAGUGCGGCAUCAACUAUCAACCACCUACUGAUGCUGGGGCUUGCUUAACGUCUUCUUUUCUCAUGGGCUCACCCACUUGACUCGGGGAGGGCAGCUUUUUGGGGUAUCUUAUUUUGUUGGCAGUGAUCAAAUCCAAGGUGGUUCCUGGAGGUGAUUUGGCCAAAGUCAUGCGUGCCUGCUGCAUGAUAUCAAACUCCACUGCGAUCGCAGAAGUCUUUUCUCGCAUCGACCACAAGUUCGACCUCAUGUACUCGAAACGUGCCUUUGUGCACCACUAUGUCGGUGAAGGCAUGGAAGAAGGUGAAUUCUCCGAAGCACGUGAGGACUUGGCGGCCUUGGAGAAAGAUUACGAAGAGGUCGGCAUCGAAACUGCAGAGGGCGAAGGUGAAGAAGAAGGGUAUGGAGAUGAGUUCUGAGUCUCACCCGCGUGAGACGAAGACGGAUAUCCGACCAACAUCCAGAUGUUAUGCGCAGCCGAACUGUGCAUUCUGCGCGAGGUGCUGCC